AUUGGGAACAGACAAAACAACAUAGCACUGGAACUUAUCAUGUAGGCUACGUUUCCGUUUUCUUGGAUUUCAUUUCGUUGAUUUUAAUAUGAAAGUAAGGCUAAACUGUCGUUCUGCUGUUUUUUGGCGCAUUUGCGUUUUUUUUCCCUAGGGCCAAAGUUGUUCAAGCAACAUUGGAUAAGCCAUGACUUUUUACAUGUGCCUCUGUUGUGAGUAGGCUAGUGGUCAUCCGUCAUUAUGAUGAGACGCGGGAAUGGACCUGCACUUGCUGUGCUCCUGCUCCUGUUGUGCCUGCUGCGGCUCCUGUGCGCCUCUGAAGAGAUAACACGCGCCAGACUAACUGUCACCGAGAUUCAAUACCAAAAUGGUUCCAGCUGGAACCCUGAGAGUCUUCCUCAGCUGAGUCUGUCCACUCUCGGGUUCUCUCCAUCACAAGGCUCCUGUUUUGCCUGUGUCCAUGUACGUGUCAGAAUGAAAGCGGCAGACUUCACUGGGACACUGACCAUUGAAUACCUGGAGCUGUCAACUAAAACUCACAGAACCAUCUCGAUAAAAAAUGGAGUCAAUAAUGACACUUUACAGUGGAGUGACCCGUUUCGAUCCAUCAUAGUGGGAAAGACCAACAUUAAGCGCUUACAUCCCCAUGACAUUGGCCACAUGAUUGUGUGGGAGUUGGUGUAUGACUGUUUCCCUGCUGACGCAGGGCGAGAGGUGUAUGUGUCUUUGUCCUCUAAACCACAGAGACAGCACAGGUACAUCGUACAGGAGGACAUCUGUCCAGAUUCAGAUCCAGUACCAGAGUUUGAUCUGUCUGUGGAUGAGCUGGCUCGAUCCCUCAAUGUAACAGUAGCAACUGGAGACCACAUAUACCAACCGGCUCGCUCAUCUGAUGUAUACACCAGGUUGUGCUACAGACACACAGAUGCAGAAUGCUCCAACCUUUCUGCUCUUUUUACUAUUGACACCAAUAAGAAUCGGUCAGUGACUCUCAGUUUCCCCUACCUGCUACCCUGUGUCUGUGUACAGGUAUAUUACACACACCUAGACGCAAGGCGAACCACAGUUUGCCCGUUUGUGAAUGGCUCAUUAGAUGGGGGUAGAGACGUGUGGCGCUCCAGUAAGGUGACUCUGUAUGGUUCAAGCGUGGCCUGGAGUGCCCUGUGUCCUGCUGCUUACCUGAAGCCCUCUGCCUCCCUCUGCUGGCGACACCAGAGAAACACACCACAAUGCACUCCCAUCCUAAACUCCACACUGGAGGACAUGGAGGAGAAGGGAGAUCUGGUGAGUGUUGAUGAUGAUAGUGAUGAUGAUGAAGAUGAUGAUGAUGAUGCUGAUGAUCUCUUUCCUCUAUCCUUGACAGAAAUAUAAUGUUUCUGCUGUGGAUAAACACCCUCAGAUGUGUGUGCAGGUAAGAAUGUAUAAGCCAAUACAAUCAAA